AGAGGGGAAUGAGCGCCGAAAAUGCUACAACUGAAACAGAAGCACCUCCAUCCCGUAUCGGCUUCUGCUAUGAAUGGUACCCAAAGAUUUCCAUGAGGCCUGUUUCCGACGACGAAUCCGUGGUUCUGAUUGUUUCCCCGAAAUUUGCCACAGUACACGACCAUGUCUCCUUCCAGUGGAGUCUGAAGAUACACGGCACAACUGGAAGGAUAACUGGUUCUGAUGACGACAUAGACGAGGAAGAUGAUCUUCCAACAAAUUAUGUGGCCGUUGAAUUGUAUUUUGUUGACGGUCCUAUCAGUCAGGUAGACCUUCGCGCUGUUGUGCGUGUUAUGCAAAAGGACGCGAUGCCUGAAAAACCAGAAAUGGUCGAAGAGAGGAGUGCAAUUUCAAUGCAACGAGGGCAGUGCUGUGAAGUAACCGACAAAGAUCGCACUGAAGUUUCUGAUUAUUUGAAGGAAAACGUCGGACGAGUUGUGAAAGUGUCAGUGCUGAUCAAAAUGGACGCAAAACUGUUUGACCCGUACACAUACCUAGACAAGGUCUCCCCAACCCCUCAUAAAUCCUUCCUAACCACUAACUACAAUGCAAGAGUAAACAGUAAAAUUUGGAGAAGACGGUCGAGAAAGAAAUCUGUGAAAGAUGACAACGGACGAGUGAGCAAGAAAGACAAAUCCGAUAUCGAAAAGAAAUUCCAUGAAGUUAUGGAGAUGGAACGGAAGAUGGCUCAAGAUCCAAAUCGUCUGCGAGUUUCUGCGCCAUCAUCCCGAAGAGGAUCCACACAAACCCUGCUGAGCAAUCAUCAUCUACCAGAUCAUGAGCACCUUUUCAAAAAGUUGCUGGUAAACUGCUGUGACUCCUGUGAACGACGUCGUGGUUCCUUCUUCUACGACAGUCGGACAGAAGAAGAAUCAGAUGAUGCUGAGGAUUCUGAUUCCAGCGAUGAAGAAGUAGAAAGGUGUUUCGAAUGUCGUGACAGCGAAAAAAUGCACAUUCAUGACCUCCUGGCCAACAUGUACUUCAAUAAAGUGGUGCUACCGGAAAUGGAAUACGUCGAGGAUUUCGUUGAUUUUCUUAUUGAUGCUGAACUGAACGACUUACCUGUGCUCAAACGAGCUUGCGAGCGAUACCUCUGCGGCGAGCUCAAUACGAAGAAAGAUUUAUUGACAUCGCUGCUGCUCGAUUUGUUGUUCAUUUCAAUCGUCUUCCAUCUACCUGUUAUGAAAAGCAUGACAUUGUCAGAGCUUUCGAGCAGGACCGAAGAAUUAUCACACCCUGAUAAGCUCAUGGAAGAUGAAGAAUAUAAAGUGCUGGACAAACGUAUCCGGUCUUUGUCCGAUCGCAACCUGGUAGAGCUGAUCGAGCAGUGCCUCACCUUCAGCGAACAACGAAACAGAGUGCAAGUGAUCCCACUCAACGCGUAGACAGACAAGUGUCAAUCCUCAUCCACGAGUACUUAUAGUCGGGGGCUGCCGCUCCAACGUGUGCAUUCAUUUCCUGUAUAUUCGACACACAGCUUUAGAAGCAGAGAAGUACAGUAUUUGCUAUCAUCGACGUACUAGUCACUUCAGCCGUUCACUUACUCAUUGGAGAUGUCAUAUUGCUUUCAGUUUCGCUCUGCACAAUUGUACCUACAUGAUUCUCGUUAAAGCGAAUAAAUCUUUAACAGAACAAAA